GGCGAGUGUGUUCCUCUCGCCCUGUCAAUAAUCUCCGCUCCCAGACUACUCCGUUCCUCCGGAUUUCGAUCCCCCUUUUUCUAUCUGUCAAUCAGCGCCGCCUUUGAACUGAAAAGCUCUCAGUCUAACUUCAACUCACUCAAAUCCGAGCGGCACGAGCACCUCCUGUAUCUUCGGCUUCCCCCCCCUUUGCUCUUUAUAUCUGACUUCUUGUUGUUGUUGGUGUUUUUUUUUUUACCCCCCUUUUUUAUUUAUUAUUUUUUUGCACAUUGAUCGGAUCCUUGGGAACGAGAGAAAAAAGAAACCCAAACUCACGCGUGCAGAAGAUCUCCCCCCCUUCCCCUCCCCUCCUCCCUCUUUUCCCCUCCCCAGGAGAAAAAGACCCCCAAGCAGAAAAAAAAAAGUUCACCUUGGACUCGUCUUUUUCUUGCAAUAUUUUUUUGGGGGGGGGGCCAAAACUUUUUGGGGGUGAUUUUUUUUUUUUUGGCUUUUCUUCCUCCUUCAUUUUUCUUCCAAAAUUGCUGCUGGUGGGUGAAAAAAAUGCCGCAGCUGAACGGCGGUGGAGGGGAUGACCUAGGCGCCAACGACGAACUGAUCUCCUUCAAAGACGAGGGCGAGCAGGAGGAGAAGAGCUCCGAAAACUCCUCGGCAGAGAGGGAUUUAGCUGAUGUCAAAUCGUCUCUAGUCAAUGAAUCAGAAACGAAUCAAAACAGCUCCUCCGAUUCCGAGGCGGAAAGACGGCCUCCACCUCGCUCCGAAAGUUUCCGAGAUAAAUCCCGGGAAAGUUUGGAAGAAGCGGCCAAGAGGCAAGAUGGAGGGCUCUUUAAGGGGCCACCGUAUCCCGGCUACCCCUUCAUCAUGAUCCCCGACCUGACGAGCCCCUACCUCCCCAACGGAUCGCUCUCGCCCACCGCCCGAACCCUCCAUUUUCAGUCCGGCAGCACACAUUACUCUGCGUACAAAAUGAUUGAACACCAGAUUGCAAUUCAGUAUCUCCAGAUGAAAUGGCCACUGCUUGAUGUCCAGGCAGGGAGCCUCCAGAGUAGACAAGCCCUCAAGGAUGCCCGGUCCCCAUCGCCAGCACACAUCGUCUCGAACAAAGUGCCAGUGGUGCAGCACCCUCACCAUGUCCACCCCCUCACGCCUCUUAUCACGUACAGCAACGAACACUUCACCCCGGGAAACCCACCUCCACACUUACCAGCCGACGUAGACCCCAAAACAGGAAUCCCACGGCCUCCACACCCUCCAGAUAUAUCCCCGUAUUACCCGCUAUCACCCGGCACCGUAGGACAAAUCCCCCAUCCGCUAGGAUGGUUAGUACCACAGCAAGGUCAGCCAGUGUACCCGAUCACGACAGGAGGAUUCAGACACCCCUACCCCACAGCUCUGACUGUCAACGCUUCCAUGUCCAGGUUCCCUCCCCAUAUGGUCCCACCUCAUCAUACUCUGCACACGACCGGCAUUCCGCAUCCGGCCAUAGUCACGCCGACAGUCAAACAGGAAUCCUCCCAGAGUGACGUCGGCUCACUCCAUAGCUCAAAGCAUCAGGACUCCAAAAAGGAAGAAGAAAAGAAGAAGCCCCACAUAAAGAAACCUCUUAACGCAUUCAUGUUGUAUAUGAAGGAAAUGAGAGCAAAGGUCGUAGCUGAGUGCACAUUGAAAGAGAGCGCGGCCAUCAACCAGAUCCUCGGGCGAAGGUGGCAUGCACUGUCCAGAGAAGAGCAAGCAAAAUACUACGAGCUGGCCCGGAAGGAGCGACAGCUUCACAUGCAACUGUACCCCGGCUGGUCUGCGAGGGAUAACUAUGGGAAGAAGAAGAAGAGGAAAAGGGACAAGCAGCCGGGAGAGACCAAUGAACACAGCGAAUGUUUCCUAAAUCCUUGCCUUUCACUUCCUCCGAUUACAGACCUGAGCGCUCCUAAGAAAUGCCGAGCGCGCUUUGGCCUUGAUCAACAGAAUAACUGGUGCGGCCCUUGCAGGAGAAAAAAAAAGUGCGUUCGCUACAUACAAGGUGAAGGGAGCUGCCUCAGCCCACCCUCUUCAGAUGGAAGCUUACUAGACUCGCCUCCUCCCUCCCCCGCCCUGCUAGGCUCCCCUCCCCGAGACGCCAAGGCCCAGACUGAGCAGACCCAGCCUCUGUCGCUGACCCUGAAGCCCGACCCCCUGGCCCACCUGUCCCUGAUGCCGCCGCCACCCGCCCUCCUGCUCGCCGAGGCCGCCCACGGCAAGGCCUCCGCCCUCUGCCCCAACGGGGCCCUGGACCUGCCCCCCGCCGCCCUGCCGCCGCCCCUGCCGUCGCCCCUGCCGCCCGCCGGGCCCUCCGCGCCGCCGGCUGCGCCCUCGACCUCUUCCUUACAUUCCCACGGCCCCCGGGCCGCGCCCCAGCCCCAGCCGCUGUCCCUGGUCACCAAGUCUUUAGAGUAGCGCUAGCGUCGCCAGCCCCUUGCUCUGUGCAGUGUCGGUUCCGCUUUUCUUUCUUCGCGCCCUCCCCCACCUUCCAAAGGUUUUGUUUUGUACUCUGUUCAUUUCGUGCCACGUGGCUACAUUAGUUGAUGUUUAUCGAGUUCAUUGGUCAAUAUUUGACCCAUUCUUAUUUCAAUUUCUCCUUUUAAAUAUGUAGAUGAGAGAAGAACCUCAUGAUUCUACCAAAAUUUUUAUCAACAGCUGUUUAAAGUCUUUGUAGCGUUUAAAAAAUAUAUAUAUAUACAUAACUGUUAUGUAGUUCGGAUAGCUUAGUUUUAAAAGACUGAUUAAAAAACAAAAAGGAAAAAAAAAAAGGAAGAAGCAAUUUUGAAGCAGCCCUCCAGAAGGAGUUGGUUCUGUAUUAUUUGUAUUAAAUACGAGCUUGCGAACCAAUCAUUUUACAUCUGGUUUUUAAACCAUAAGGGCACGAGGAAUGCAGUGCCGUUACUUUUUUUUUUCUCUGUGUGAAACAACUUUUAUUGUGAUGUUACUUGUUAUUGUUUAAAUGUACAGAAACAAAGGGUUAAAAUGUGUUAAUAUACCUUGUUCCAUGGUGGUGUUCUUUUGGGGGGAGGGGGAUGCUACUCCACAAUUAAUGGAAUCACAAGCUGUCGGGCCAGUAGUAUUUAUUGCUUUAGAGAUUGCUUGUUGUACCUGUAUGUUGUCCCUUUUUAAAUAUGUUUUCCUUUUUCUUGAAACUGUAUAAAGUUUUUUUCCCCCUUAGCGUAAGCAUCUUAUAUAUAACAACUCAUUUGUACAAGGUUUUUAAGUUUAUAUAUAAAAUGUGUAUAUAUAUUUUUUGUUUCCCUUUUUGACUUUUUUUUUUUGCUGUAUGAAACCCAGAUGCCACCAAAUGGACAUUAAUAGUUGCAUUAAGGAUCAGUAGCAUUAACAAAAGUUGCUUUAAAAGCCAUUAUGUAAAACAAGACUUGAAAAUUAGUGAGGGAAUUUUAGCGACGCUGUAUGAGCAGCGGUGGGAACCAUCCUUGUUUCCCCUUUGAACUCCCAGUUGGAUGCCCUGCGCCCUUACGACAUGGACUGACCGUGUGCAAAACUUUAUGUGCCAAAAUUCUCAGUGACUUUAGCUUUCUCCCUCUUUUUGAUGCUGUAAUUUUUGUUCAUCAUGUUUUGCUGUGAUGUUACAUAGGUAGAUUUGUAUGUAGUUUUAAUGUCACCUAUAACAAAAUGUGUUUGGUAGCAGAUUGUCCAGAAAGCAUUUUAAAUGAAGAGGUAUAAACCCUUAAGGGCCAAAAUUCUGUAUAUUAGAUUACUCUUAAAUGAAAAACCAGCUGCCACUUUUAUGUACACAUAUUACGUACAAGUUAGGUAGCAAACUUUAAAAAUAAAACAAACCUAGGCAUGUUGAUGUUGCAAAAUGCUGUAUAAAGCUGAAACCUGUUCAUUCAGUGCCAUUGUAGUUGACAUGAAGCGAUUGUAAAACUGUCUCCGAUUUUUCUCUGGUUUAUUAAAAUGCUAACUAUAACAUUUUUUGUGAAUACUUUGAAUGUUUCCUAACAGUUGUGAUGUUACUGUUCCGUUUUAUGCUCUUAUUCCAAGUUCAUUUUUAAUGGUUUGGAAGCCAUUUUUGUAAUGAAUAAAUGUUCAUGCUGUACAGUAUCUGUAGCAUGCCGUUCUGGAUUAAUAAAAGCAACUUAGUAUGUGCAGAUAAA